CUUUGGCGCCGCCACUCAUUCCUCCAAUGGCUACUCCGGCAAGAGGCAAGAAACGGCUCGUCGUCGACGUCGAUCUCGAGCUCGACAGUGAGGUCGAAGUGGCCUCCGCCUUCAGCCGACUGUCUGUUUCAGUCGUUGCCAAGCGUACAGGCGAGAGUUCUACAGGCGACGGUUGCGGCUUCGAGCACUCCACCGGCAAGCAGCGCACCUCCAGCAAGGAGUGGACCAGCGGCAAUGAACUCACCUGCGCGGCCACAUCAGAGCUCACAGCCGGCGUCAAUCACUGCUCGGCACCUCGUUCAGUGUCGGUAAGGGUUGAACUAAGUUCAAUAAUAUGCAGUACUAUGUUCAAAUCCAAUAGCAAUUUUUGUGGUUUCGCAGAUUACCCGAUUUGAAACAGUUCGUAGU